AUGGCGUCGAUUCCAUCGCUCGGCGGGCAGAUCGAUGCUGCUCCUGCGGCCGUCAAGGCGCGCCAGCACCGGCACGAGUCGGGCGCCGAGGGUCGUUGGCAGCCACCAUAUCGCAAACAUCAGCACCGUGUCUGGUGCAAAAGGCAGCAAAAGCACCGCCGCGCCGACAAAGAAGUUGGCGCCAACCUUGUACCGACCCGAGGGCGUUGGACGAUUCAGCGGCGCGGGCCACGACGCCUCGUCGAUCCAUGCGUGCACCGAGGCGUCGAAGGGAGCAACGACGAGGUAGAUCAUGCUCCCGUCGUCUCGAAGCUGCGAGGUGACCGACGCAGCGAUCGGGAGCAGUCGUAG